AGGGGCGGACUGACCAUUUGAGCACUCGGGCACUGCCCGAGGGCCCGGGGUCAGUAGGGGGCCCCAUGAAAUGUCCCUGGUACCUUUUUAUAGGCUUUUUUGGGUGUGGUUUGAGUGUGGGCAAGGACACGGGCCCCAUGAUCCCCUAUUGCCCGGGGGCCCCAUGAGUUGUCAGUCCGCCCCUGGUGGGGUGUGUGGGCAAUAGAACCCAUCCUCUUUGCUGCACACAUAGGCGUUAUAGAUGUUCAAUAGAGUUCAGGUCAGGGCUGUGGCUGGGCCACUCUACGACACUCCGUUGUCCCUAAACCACUCC